UCAUGUACAACGGAAUAGGCCUCACAACUCCCCGCGGAAGUGGCACCAAUGGAUACGUGGUACGGAACUUGUCCACAUUGCGUAGCUACCAGGGUCCACAAGACCGCGCCGGUGCAUGGGACGUAGCUCCACCUAAACACAGAGAGCCCGAUGCAGAGAUUCUGGAACAUGAGAGGAAACGGAAGGUGGAGGUGAAGUGUCUAGAGCUGCAGCUUCAACUGGAGGAGGACGGCCUCGAUGAAGCAAAGAUCGAAGAGCAAGUCAAUGAGUUGCGGACGAAGCUGCUUGCGGAAGCUUCCGCCCUCGUCCAAAAUGCUAAGGCCCUCAAGCCCUCUGACACGCACGGCAUUGCGGCUGCGAAGAAGGACGAGUUGAACAAAAUGGCUCGCGCGUUGGGCACACGCAGCGACUAUCACGAGGGAGACGCCUUUGACCGGGAGAAACAAGAGGAGCAGAGACUUCGCAGGAUGGCAGAGAGGGAGGAAAGGGAGAAGCAAAGAGAGGAGGAGCGAGCGAAGAUGCGGGCGCAGAAGGAGAAGUGGGAGGCCGAACGCAAGGAGAGGGACCGCUUGAGGCGGCGGGAAGAGGAUAGGAGGAGAAAGGAAAGAGAUGAAGGCUACUCCCGGAGGGACAGGGAUACGAUGCCACCGCCGCCCCUUCCACCUUCGCGCGAUCGCGGUGGUAGGGACUACCGUGACCGUCGCAGCAGGAGCAGAAGCCCCCGUCGUGGACCGUCUCCGGAUGACGACCGCGAUUACCGACGCAGGCGUUCCCCUUCUCCACCUCGCCGCCGUGGCGCCUCGCGCUCGCCACCCUCGCCCCCUCCUCGCACUAGGCGUAGGUUUGAGUCACGCUCGCCCUCCCCGCCUCCGCGCGCGAAACGCUCCGGCUCUGUCGAGCCACCGUCCCGUGGUGAACGUGGCUUAUCGCAGUCGCCUCCACCCUACCCGCCUCGUUCGCCUCCUCGGUAUGGCCGGGACUCCCGCCGCAGAUCGCCCUCACGCUCGCCUUCCCGCUCGAGGUCGCCUGUGCGGCGUGAUCGUUCUCCGCCGCCCCGCUCGAGGGGCAUGCCUGCAACGCGUUCACCUUCGCCACCUCCGGCUGGAGACCGUGGACCACGUCGUCGCGGGCGGUCAUCUUCGAGCGACUCUUCUAUGUCUGUCAGUUCCGCUUCGAGUCGGAGCAGGGAUUGAAUAUCGAGCGUCAAGCGGCUCAUCGUGACAAGGCAUUCGGGUGAAAUUCGACUCUUCUCAGUUCAUUUUACGUCCUAGUUGUACGAUAGUGCCCUCACGCUUUUUCAGGAAUGUAUGCGAUCCAUGCUUCUAUGCAGUGAGAGUGCG